AUGGAGCGGCUGACAUUACAGCCGGGAGCCGCCGCAGCCAUAGACGAGUAUCUGGAGUACAGAAGAAUUGUAGGUGAAGAUGAUGGAGGGAAACUCUUCACCCCUGAAGAAUAUGAAGAAUAUAAGAAAAAAGUUUUACCAACACGGUUACAAAACAGAUUAUAUGUGAGCUGGAGAUCACCGACUGGGAUGGACUGCAAACUUGUGGGCCCAGAGACUCCAUGUUUUUGUACUCAUAGGUAUAAACAACAUAAAACAGACUUUGAAGUGAUUCCAAAAGAACGUCCUAUUUAUCUACCUUGUAGGGUGAGCCGAUGCCCGUGUAGAUCUUAUCACUUUGUCCCUCUUAAUGGUACUCAACCCAUCCGUUGUAGAUGUAAGCACUUUGCUGAUCAACAUAGUGCAGCACCUGAUUUUCUAUGUAACUCAUGUUCCAAAUGUUCAGGUUUUCACAGUUGCUUUACUUGUGGAUGUGGUCAACCAUCGUAUACUCAUGAAACAGUGGUGGAAACUAAAGAGGAGCGCUUAGCCCAAGGAAAACCCGUGGGGCAAGAUGUCCCUUUUGCUGCAAUGGGAGGAUUAACCGGCUUUAGUUCCUUAGCAGAAGGCUACAUGAGACUUGAUGACAGUGGGAUAGGGUCACCUUCAGUUCAAUUUCUAGAAUCUCCUGUUACUGACAGAGACCACCCUUUUUUAAGAGCAUUUCAAGGACCUUCUAGUUCCACACAAACAAACUUCCAGUUAACAGAUGGAGGUGCUAGUGCAGCAAUGCAAGUUUCCAGUUUAAAGAGGCCUGGAGAAGAUGACAUGGCUUACUUUGAAAGGCGAUAUCAGGAACGGCUGAAAAAAGAGAAGGCUGCAAAGAGGGGGAAAGAUCCAGUGCCACCAAAGAAUUUGUGA